AUGAGAGUAGAGGAACUUGUUGGUUCUCUUCAGACAUUUGAACUCAUGUUACCUAAGCCCAAAAGCUCAAAAAAUCUUGCUCUUAAGAUCAAGGCUGCUAAAGGUAAAUCUGUAGUUCAUUUUGAUGAGGAUUCUGGAGACGAUGAAGAAAUAGCAAUUAUUGCUAGGAAGUUUAGAAAAUUUUUCAAAAAGAAUGGAAAUUUUAGAAGUAGGGAAUCAAAAAAUUUUGUGAAUCCUAGUAAUGAGGUUAGAGAUAAUUAUGAAGGCAAAAAUGAUGAAAAUCAUAAAGAUAAAUUAUCUCGUGGUCGUAAGUGUCAUGAAUAUGGUGGUAUUGGUCAUAUUCGUGCUAAUUGUGGAAAUUUGAUAAAUUCAAAAGCCUUUGGGAUUUCUUAUGAUAGUGAACAUGAGGCUAGUGAGUUUAACUCUCUAGAUAGUGAACAUGGCAUAUGUAAUAAUGAAUCAGAAGAGGAGGGUGAUCUGCAAAAUGCUUAUAAUGAUCUGUAUGUGGAAUGCAUUAAAUUGAAGAAGUUAAAUAAGCAACACUUGCAGAAACUCAAAGAUGUUAAUCUUGAAAAUGAUCGACUUUCUGUUGCUUUAACUGAUUUACAUGCUAUUCAUAAUACUUUGAUAACUGGAUUGGGAUUUGAUAAAUCUGUUGUUUCUUCUACUAAUGCUGCUUCUCCUUCAAAGUUAAUUUUUGUGAAACCAGUUUGUAAAGAAGAAAGCUUGACUAAGAAGAAGGAAAUGUAUCCUCCAGUUUCAAGAGGUGAGAAAGGCUGUGCGCUUAUGAGCUCCAUUAAUUCCCAGCCAAUUACCUAUAUUUACCACGUUUGUGAAGACCAAGCUAACAAUUCAUCCGACGCUUCUUUCGAAUCAAACCUCACAGUCCUGCUGGGUUCUUUAUCCUCUAAAGCUUCCGAAAACAACAGCUUCUACAACGAUACCUCUAAUGGCAUCUACGGCCUCUUCCUCUGCCGAGGUGAUGUUAACACUAGUACCUGCCAAAGCUGUGUCAGUUAUGCGGCUCAAAAUAUCACAAGCCUGUGUCCAUCAAAUACAACUGCCAUCAUCUGGUUCGAUCAAUGCAUGUUAAGGUACUCCGAUACUAAUUUCUUUGGAGUGGAAACGACAUCGCCACGAGUCAUCCUGUUCAAUGUCCAGGAUAGAACUUCCCCUAAUAUAACUGAUUUUGGAGGACAAUCUCUACUGAACGGACUAAUAGCAGAUGCUUUAGAAACAGAGAUGUUGUACAAGGCAGAUAACUGGUCCGGAAAUAGCAAUGCGUCGGAGCAUAGAUAUGGGUUGGUGCAGUGUAAUAGAGAUAUCGAUUCUACUUCAUGCGGCAAGUGUUUGGGACAGUUGAUGACUCAAGCCAAUCAGUGUUGCGCAGCGCAGAUAGGGUGGCGCGUUUUGGCCCCAAGCUGUAAUAUAAGGUAUGAGACCUACCAAUUCUUUCAGCAACCAACUGCGCCGCUACCGCCAUCGCCCCCUGUGCCUGCUGUGGAUGAAAUAACAAGUGUUGAAUCCUUGCAAUUUAAUUUCGGCACCAUUAGAGCUGCCACAGACAACUUUUCUGAUGCGAAUAAACUUGGGAAAGGUGGAUUUGGGGUAGUUUACAGGGGUAGGCUUUCAAACGGACAAGAGAUAGCAGUGAAAAGAUUAUCCAAAAACUCUGGACAAGGAGAUAUAGAAUUUAAGAAUGAGGUUCUACUAGUGGCCAAGCUCCAACACCGGAAUUUAGUUAAGCUCUUUGGAUUCUGCAUGGAAGGAAAUGAAAGACUUCUUAUAUAUGAGUUUGUGCCUAACACAAGCCUUGAUCACUAUAUAUUUGAUCCGAUGAAGCGUGUAGACUUAGAUUGGGGAAGGCGGUAUAAAAUUAUAGGUGGCAUUGCUCGAGGGCUUUUGUACCUUCAUGAGGAUUCCCGACUUCGGAUUAUUCAUCGUGACCUCAAAACUGGCAACAUUCUAUUAGAAGCAAAAAUGAAUCCUAAAAUUUCAGAUUUUGGCAUGGCAAGAUUAUUCGUAUUGGAUCAAACUGAAGGCAGUACAAAUAGAAUUGUGGGGACCUAUGGAUAUAUGGCUCCAGAAUAUGCAAUGUUUGGGCAAUUUUUGAUAAAAUCAGAUGUCUUCAGCUUUGGUAUCCUAAUUUUAGAGAUUAUAAGUGGUCAAAAAAUUACUAGUUUCCGUAACACACAGAAUAUGGAGUACCUUCUCAGCUAUGCAUGGAGAAAUUGGAGGGAGGGGACAGCUUCGAACCUCAUAGAUCCCAUCUUAAUGAAGGGUGGUUCAAAAGCUGAAAUAAUGAGAUGUAUUCACAUCGGUCUACUGUGUGUUCAACAAAAUGUAGAUGACAGACCAGACAUGGCUUCAGUUGUUCUCAUGCUUAAUAGCGAUUCAAUCGCUCUCCGUUUACCUACAGAACCUGUAAGCUUUAUGAAGAGCAAUGUUCAGUCAGCCACACCACUGCAACUGGAUGUCAAUUGCGCAAGAACUAGUUACGAGGCUUCAAUUACUGAGUUAUCUCCUAGGUAGUGUUUCGUGGAAGGGGGCUAUAAUAAGCAUGUUUGUAUAUAAAUUUCACUCGCUAUGAUUCAUCUGAUGCCCCAAGAUUAGAUAUC